GUGGCUCCUCGUCAACAAAGUACGAUGUUACGCUUAUCAGAUAGAGAUCUACUCCACAUGGGCACAAAAGUCAUCUUCGUCCGCGUCGGCCAGGAACCCAAGCAUACGGAUUUCACCGUUCACGAAAACAUCAUCCGCCUUUCAUCCCCGUUCUUCGAUGAAGUCCUCAGCCGCGAAUGGAGAGGACCCCAAGAAUGGAUAGUCAGGCUUCCCGACUGCAAUGCGCAUACUUUCCAUAUUUACAAUCAGUGGCUGUAUACCGAUCAGCUGCACAUCAAGCCCCAGGUCGGUCACACCUUGCUCAAUGAUGGCCAAUGGGAGUGGGACAAUCUCGUCAAGGGAUAUUUACUCGGAGAAUACCUCCAGGACAUCGACUUCAAAGAUACACUAAUGGAUGCCAUGAUUGAUUGGGGACACUACGCUGCCAGAGAAUAUAGCAACGUUCCACCACGUUCGGCCGUUGAGGUUUACCGGUACACCCAAGACAGCUCGCCACUCCGUAAAAUUGUCUUGGACAUAACGUGCUAUCGUCUCCUGAACAGUUUCCCGAUCUUGGUAAGCGACUUCCACUCUCCCCAGGACUUUUUCACAAGCGUGCUGGAUACCAUCGCAGAGCGUCACCGAACAUGCCAAGCUAUUUGCCCGAGCUUCGCCGACAAAAAGUACUGUCUGUAUCACUGUCAUGGGGACCGUGUUUGCUACAAAGACAAGGAUAUGUUGUCUCAACAAGAGGCUGGCAACGACAUGCUCAAUUCAGUGCGCGAGACACCCUGAAGACGGGGUCAUACGUCGAGGCCAUCGCAGAACCUCUUACAACCCUUAAGUCCAUCAUAUUCUAGUUUCACGAAAAACAAUACAUGAAGCACUACAUGGAGAUGUUCACUAUCUUCCAGUUCGUUACAAAUAGGCCCCAACUUUUGACAGUACAAAGCUAGACUCGGUUUCGAAAAUCACACAUAGUAUAUAGCAAUAAAUACAACCG